GCGCCGGUCGGGGCCGGCAGCGCCGCAGCGGGGUCCGGGGCGGCUGGACACCGGGGAUGGGGUUGGUGUCCUUUGAGGAUGUCGCCGUGGACUUCACCUGGAGGGAGUGGCAGGAGCUGGACGCUGCUCAGAGGACCCUCUACAGGGAUGUGAUGCUGGAGAACUACCACAGCCUGGUGUCCUUGGGAUGCUGUGUGACCAAACCUGAAUUGAUCUUCAAGUUGGAGCAAGGAUUUGACCUGUGCCAGUUUGCAGAAGUCACAAACUGCUGGCUAUCAGAUGACCAUAAGCUCAGGGCCCCAACUGAGACCAGCCAGGAAAAGCAAGAGAGAUGCUCUUGGCAAGUUGAAAUCACCAAGAACAAUGAAACAAAUAAAGAGGUAUCUGAAGUAGGCCAAAUAUUCAAUGUGAACUCAAGGUGUUUCUCAAAUAUGGGCAUAAAGAAUGGAAUCUAUUCAGGAAUGUUUCCUGAGAUUCAAAAUCCAUGGCAAAAUGUACUUUUACUUAGUGAUUCUGGUGAGAAUCAGACUGCAGAGGUACCUGGUGAUUCUAAUAUAACUGAUGAACUCUUCAGAUAUCGUGACCAUUUUCAGUAUUCUGGACCUGCAGAAGCCUUCCACACAGAAAUGAUCUUGUCACCUACAAAGAUUCAUAUGCAUGAGUCCUCUGGAAAGUUCAGUGAGUGUGAGAAGUCCUCUAAUGAAGUAGCACUUACUGCUCAAGAUAUGACUCAGGUAAGGAAGCAAACUGUGGAAUGGAAUGUAUAUCAGAAAAUGUUUCCUAAUGAGACCAAACUCUGUAACCAUGACAGAUUGUACACAGGAGGGAAAUAUAGUAAUUGUGAAAAAUCUUUUAUUAACAAACCAUGCCUUACAAAGCAUCUCAAAAUACAUACAGUAGAAAGGCCCCCAGGGCAUAAGGAAUGUAACAGCUUCUCUGGUCUGAAAGCAGAACUUCAAAACAGGUAUCAUAAAAUCCAUACAGAGAAACAAGCCAAUGAAUGUAAAGUAUCUGGAAAGACUGUUUACCACAAGUCACAGCAUAUCAGGCAUCAGAAAUCACACAUGUAUGAGAAACCCUUUGAAUAUAGGGAAUGUAGGAAACCUGUCUGUCAUAGGUCAAGCCACAUCCAACAAUGGAGACUUCACACAGGUGACAAUUCCUAUGAGAGAGAAGAAUGCAGGGAGGCUUCCUACCAUAACUCAGUACUGUCUCACCAUCAGAGAACUCAUACAGGUGCACAAGAUGAAUGCAACGAAUGCAAAACUUAUUUCUAUAUAUCAAACAUCUGCCAACAGCAUAAGUCUGAUACACUUGAGAAAUAUUAUGAAUGUAAAGAAUGCAUGAAAAUAUUCUCCCACAAAUCACAACUCAUUCGCCAUGAGAGAACCCAUACAGGUGAGAAGCCUCAUCAAUGUAAAGAAUGCAGGAAGUCUUUCUGUCAUAAGUCACAUCUCACUCGACAUCAAGGAAUUCAUGCAGCAGAGAAACCUUAUGAAUGUAAAGAGUGUAAGAAAGCUUUCUACCUGAAGUCACAACUAAUGCAGCAUCAGAGAACUCAUACAGGUGAAAAGCCCUUUCAGUGUAACACAUGCAGGAAAGCUUUUUACCGUAAUUCACAUCUCACUCAGCAUCAGAAAAUUCAUACGGGUGAGAAGCCCCAUGAGUGUAAAGAAUGUCAGAAAGCUUUCUCUCGCAAAUCACACCUCACACAGCAUGAGAAAACUCAUACAGGUGAGAAGCCCCAUGCAUGUAAAGAAUGUGGAAAAGCUUUUUCCCGCAAAGCACAGCUCAUUCAACAUGAGAAAACUCAUACAGGUGAAAAACCCUAUGAAUGUAAAGAGUGCAGGAAGUCUUUUUAUAAUAAGUCAUACCUCAAUCGACAUCAGGUAGUUCAUAAACCUGAAAAACCGUAUGAAUGUAAAGAAUGUAGGAAAGCUUUCUUACGUAAAUCUUAUCUAACGCGACAUCAGAGAACACAUACAAACGGGAAAUUCUAUGAAUGCAAAUGAUGAAAAACUUUCACCCACGUGUCAGGCCUCACAACCUAAGAGAAUUCAUAUAGUUGAGAAUUACAUGUAUGUUAAACAUUGUAGACAAACUAGCAAGAGAACUCAUAACAGCAAAAAACUUUAUUACUAUAUAGAGUAUAAGAUUAAUGGAGGUUUAGGUUCACUUUAUGUUAGAGGACUUAUGCAGACGGGAAGCCAUAUGAAUGUGUGGAAACAUCUUUGGACUUUUUUGUCUUUAUGAGGAACUGUCUCAUCUCCUAAUUCUACCUCCCGAAUGUGGGGAUUGAAGGCAUGCACUACUGUGCCUGGCCUGCUGUGCCAGCUCUGUGUUGUAGAUAGCCAGCCCCACAAGCAAGUGCAAACCUACAGCAGCAGAACUGCCCAGGCUCGCAGUCCUCUGCAUACCUUGGGUUGGAAGUCAGAUCUCACCCGUGCCUCCAUAACGAAUCUGGAUGCUAGGGGCAGAACCAUUACAUAUUUUAUUUAUUUUUAUUUAUUUAUUUGAGAGAGAUAUACAGAAAUAGGCAGGUAGAGGGAGAGACUGGGCACACCAGGGCCUCCAGCUACUGCAAACA